AUGGAAGCUGUCAAGCGAUUCUUCUCUUCCCCGCGCUUCGCCGUGGCGGGUGCCAGCAAUGAUCCCAAGAAGUUUGGCUACAAGAUUCUCGCUUGGUACCACCAGCACUCUUUACCAGUCACACCACUGAAUCCACGAGCUACGCAGAUCUCUCUCCCCUCGCGUGCUUACGAUACUGUCCCCUCGCCCAGUGGAUUACCCUCACCCAGCCAAACAUCCUUGUCUGUGGUCACACCUCCACCCGUGACCCUUCAAGUUCUGCAGGAAGCCCAUUCUGUGGGUAUCCCUGCUGUCUGGUUGCAACCUGGUACAUUUGAUGAUACAGUGUUAGAGUAUGCGAGGGGUCAUUUUGAGGCGGUGAUUGCGGGUGAUGGAGGAGAAGGCGGAGAAGGCUGGUGUGUUUUGGUGGAUGGAGAUGAGGGAUUGGAUGCUGCUGGAGUUCAGUGGACAAGUCAGAGACUGUAA